GCUGGCGGUGUGAGACUCACCUCGAGCACUCAGCGGACACUUGUUCACCUGUAGGACGUGCUUCACCGGGUCACCUCAGCUGUUAAUACGAUUCAAAAGGAGUUUUGACACCUGAUUGUAAACCAACUGAAAAGGAACGCGCUGAAUACAGCGACGCACUUCAACAUUAAGUUUCUGUGCUCGUCCUUUAAAGAAAACCUGAGGAACCACACAACAGUUUUUAUCUGUUUUGAUAUAUUUUUUGCGACUCUGAGCUCAACAAGCGGAAACCCGACAAAUUAUUAAAGGUGGACUGUCCACCCUUCCCUCCGAUGAACAUGUCAGGACUGUUAAACGCACUCAUUCUCCUAAUUAUUCAAGGGUCGUUGGCUCAGCGUGUGAGGGUGGAGCCAGAAGUCGUGUCAUAUCCUGGUCAGACGGUGACACUGCGAUGCCAGUUUCCAAACCCAGGCGGAACCCAACUCACUCAGGUGUCAUGGAUCUUUGAACGGAAUGAUGCAGAGCGAACCAACAUUGCAGUUUUCCAUCCAACAUUUGGAGCAAAUUACCCAACGAAAUCCCCUGUAUCAGGACGUGUCAGUUUUGUAACAGAUCCGCCCUCUUUGGACAACCCAUCCAUUCAGAUCAGAGAAGUGAAGAUGACCGAUGAGGGCCGAUAUAUCUGUGAAUAUGCCACCUACCCUUCUGGAAACGAACAGGGAGUCACUUCGCUGGUCAUGCUGGCUAAACCAAAGAACUUGGCUACAACUUUCACAGUUACCGCCGGCAAAACCCCAGUCAUCGUGGCGCGCUGUGAAUCAUCCAAUGGCCGUCCGGCAGCGACUAUUUCUUGGUCCACGCCGCUUAACGGAAACGUGACAACGCCGAUCGAGACGGAAAAUCAAGAUAAUACAGUCACCGUCCAGAGUUCCUACAUGCUGGUUCCGCAGUCAUCGGAUAAUGGCAAAGACAUCAGCUGCAUGGUGACACACCGUACCAUGACCCAACCCGAGACCUUCCCGAUGAGACUUGUUGUUGAAUAUCCUCCCCGGGUGCAGAUCGUAGGGUAUGAUAACAACUGGUACAGGGGUCGGACAAGUGCGUAUUUGACCUGUCAGGCUGAUGGAAACCCCGUCCCCACCACUAUCACCUGGAAAACGUGA